GGCGCGCGCCGCCGCCGUCUCAGGGUGAUAACGUUGAGCCCCUGCCCCAGCUGUCAGUCACAGCGCGGCCGGGCACCCGCGGAGGGGCUCGCGGGGCCUGCGCCUCCAUGGCGGCCGUGUUUGACCUGGAUCUGGAGACGGAGGAAGACAGCGAGGGCGAGGGCGAGCCGGAGUACCCUGCGGACGUGUGUCCCCUUGCCGAGUCGAGGGCGGCUGGCCUGGAGCCCGUGGGACACUACGAGGAGGUGGAGCUGACCGAGACCAGUGUGAACCCUGGCCCUGAGCGCAUCGGGCCCCACUGCUUUGAGCUGCUGCGUGUGCUGGGCAAGGGGGGCUAUGGCAAGGUGUUCCAGGUGCGAAAGGUGCAGGGCACCAACGUGGGCAAAAUAUAUGCCAUGAAAGUCCUGAGGAAGGCCAAAAUUGUGCGCAACGCCAAGGACACGGCGCACACUCGGGCCGAGCGGAACAUUCUGGAGUCUGUGAAGCACCCGUUCAUUGUGGAGCUGGCCUACGCCUUCCAGACUGGCGGCAAACUCUACCUCAUCCUUGAGUGCCUCAGCGGCGGUGAGCUCUUCACGCACUUGGAGCGAGAGGGCAUCUUCCUGGAGGACACGGCCUGCUUCUACCUGGGGGAGAUCACACUGGCCCUGGGCCACCUGCACGCCCAGGGCAUCAUCUACCGGGACCUCAAGCCCGAGAACAUCAUGCUCAGCAGCCAGGGCCACAUCAAACUGACAGACUUUGGGCUCUGCAAGGAGUCGAUACAUGAGGGCACCGUCACCCACACCUUCUGUGGCACCAUUGAGUACAUGGCCCCUGAGAUUCUGGUGCGCAGUGGCCACAACCGGGCGGUGGACUGGUGGAGCCUGGGGGCCCUGAUGUACGACAUGCUCACUGGAUCGCCACCCUUCACUGCAGAGAACCGCAAGAAAACCAUGGACAAGAUCAUCAAAGGGAAGCUGGCGCUGCCCCCGUACCUCACCCCGGACGCCCGGGACCUCGUCAAAAAGUUUCUGAAGCGGAACCCCAGCCAGCGGAUUGGGGGCGGCCCAGGGGAUGCUGCUGACGUGCAGAGGCACCCCUUUUUCCGGCACAUUAACUGGGACGACCUCCUAGCCCGCCGUGUGGACCCCCCUUUCAAGCCCUGUCUGCAGUCGGAGGAGGACGUGAGCCAGUUCGACCCCCGCUUCACGCGGCAGACGCCAGUGGACAGUCCGGACGACGCGGCCCUCAGCGAGAGCGCCAACCAGGCCUUCCUGGGCUUCACCUACGUGGCGCCCUCUGUCCUGGACAGCAUCCGGGAGGGCUUCUCCUUCCAGCCCAAGCUGCGCUCCCCCAGGCGCCUCAACAGCAGCCCCCGGACCCCCGUCAGCCCCCUGAAGUUCUCACCCUUUGAGGGGUUUCGGCCCAGCCCCGGACCACCGGAGCCCAUGGAGCCCCCUCUGCCUCCUCUGGUGCCACCACCGCCACCGCCCUCAAGCACUGUCCCCCUGCCCAUCCGACCCCCCUCAGGGACCAAGAAGUCCAAGAGGGGCCGUGGGCGCCCUGGGCGCUAGGGGACGGGGGCAGUGGGACCCUGGGGGCGUCUCGGGGCACAGGAGGGGGUGUGUGGGAGCGCAUGUGUGUGUGUGUGUGUUGGGAGUGGCUGGGCCCCUGAAUCAUGAGUGCGAAGGGCCAGCCGCCGGUGGGGGCCUCCCGCGGCCGAGCUGCACCCUUGCGGAAUUAAAGUGCCUGAUCACGGCG